AUGUGCGAUAAUAUUUGCAAAGAUGAAAAAAAAUAUAUUCUAGGACCUGCACCACCAUUAAUGCCACAACUAAUUGAAGACUCUCCAAGCACAACCGUAGAAGUGGAUGUUCCUAUUUAUGAAUCCUUAGUAAAACCAGUUAUAAAAAACAUUAUUCAAGAAACAACAAUUAAUGUACCAAAGAUAGAAUAUAGAGAAAAAGUAGUUGAAGUACCAAGAAUUGAAUAUCGUACAUAUCCUGUUGUGAAAGAUAUAGAAACCCCAAUAUAUCAAGACAAGUAUAAAUAUAAAAAUGUUGAAGUUCCUCAAAAAAAACUUAGAGUAAAACCAGUAUAUAAAGUAGUGGAUGUACCACAAAUUGAAUAUGUCGAUAAGUAUGUAAAAAAAAAAUACAAAAGAUUUAAAUAUGUGCCUAAAGAAGUACAAGUACCAUUUAGACCAAGAAGAGAAAUACAUAAUGAAGUUCCUAUUCCUAGAUAUAUCCCUCAGAACAUAAACACUAUAAUUCAACCUGAUAUGUUUAGUGCACCAUAUACUGGAGAAUUACCUCUUUUUGAAGGUCAUAAUGACAAUUUUCUAAAUAUGUUAAAUCCUUUUACUGUAUAUGGUAGAGAAAAAAAAAAUAAAUGCUUUUUAAGUUGCCUUUGUAAUGGUAAUGAUGAAGCAACUUAUGAGAUGAACCCUUUAUUAGUUUCAUCACCUCCCUAUAAUAAUCAAUUAUGUGAUAUUAGCAAUAAUUAUGAAUUAUAUCCAGGUUCAUGCGAUCCCUUAGGUUAUAGUUAUCCAUUCAUAAUAGAUAACGAGGAGAAUAAUUUUUGCAACAAAAUAAUUGAAGCAACUUCAAGUAUCAUAGCAGCUACGGGUAUAGCUGUAAUACUAGCAGGAAAAUUGACUUUAGAUGGUAUUUCACUUUUUUUAAAAAGCAAAAAUGAAGAAAAUAAAAAAGAUACAGAAAAUAUAUUAGAUUCAAAAAUUAAUGAAAGCUCUUCAGCAAAGAAAAAAGAGAAGGAGUAA